ACCUGAGUCGGAGCUGUGUGUGGCAGCCGCCCCGACCCCUGCUGAUCAUGCGUCGUCGUCCCUGGCUUGCCAGUCCCGCCGGGCUGUGAGCCCCUCAUUCCCAGCCGGGCACGGCCCGCGCGCCAUGGGCAGCGCCCACCCCCGCCCCUGGCUGCGGCUCCGACCCCGGCCCCAGCCGCGGCCUGAGCUCUGGGCGCUCCUGUUCUUCCUACUGCUGCUGGCUGCCGCCGUGCCCAGGUCAGCACCCAACGACAUCCUGGGCCUCCGCCUUCCCCCAGAGCCUGUGCUCAACGCCAACACAGUGUGCCUGACAUUGCCCGGCCUGAGCCGGCGGCAGAUGGAGGUGUGUGUGCGUCACCCUGACGUGGCGGCCUCGGCCAUCCAGGGCAUCCAGAUUGCCAUCCAUGAAUGCCAACACCAGUUCCGGGACCAGCGCUGGAACUGUUCUAGCCUGGAGACUCGCAACAAGAUUCCCUACGAGAGUCCCAUCUUCAGCAGAGGUUUCCGAGAGAGCGCUUUCGCCUAUGCCAUCGCCGCAGCUGGAGUGGUGCACGCGGUGUCCAACGCCUGCGCCCUGGGCAAACUUCGAGCCUGCGGUUGUGAUGCGUCGCGACGCGGGGACGAGGAGGCCUUCCGUCGCAAGCUGCACCGCCUGCAGCUGGACGCGCUGCAGCGCGGUAAAGGCCUGAGCCAUGGGGUCCCAGAACACCCUGCCCUGCCUCCUGCCAGCCCAGGCCUGCAGGACUCUUGGGAGUGGGGCGGCUGCAGCCCCGAUGUAGGCUUCGGGGAGCGCUUCUCUAAGGACUUUCUAGACUCCCGGGAGCCUCAUAGAGACAUCCACGCCCGCAUGAGGCUCCACAACAACCGAGUUGGGAGGCAGGCGGUGAUGGAGAACAUGCGGCGAAAGUGCAAGUGCCACGGCACGUCGGGCAGCUGCCAGCUGAAGACGUGCUGGCAGGUGACGCCCGAGUUCCGCGCCGUGGGGGCGCUGUUGCGCAGCCGCUUCCACCGCGCCACGCUCAUCCGGCCGCACAACCGCAACGGUGGCCAGCUGGAACCCGGCCCCGCGGGGGCACCCUCGCCGCCGCCGGGCAUUCCGGGGCCGCGACGUCGGGCCAGCCCCGCUGACCUGGUCUACUUCGAGAAGUCGCCCGACUUCUGCGAGCGCGAGCCGCGCCUGGACUCGGCGGGCACCGUGGGCCGCCUGUGCAACAAGAGCAGCGCGGGCGCGGACGGCUGCGGCAGCAUGUGCUGCGGCCGCGGCCACAACAUCCUGCGCCAGACGCGCAGCGAGCGCUGCCACUGCCGCUUCCACUGGUGCUGCUUCGUGGUCUGCGAGGAGUGCCGCAUCACCGAGUGGGUCAGUGUCUGCAAGUGA